CUCCCUCCUCUCUCCCGUCUGUAUUCUCUUUCUGUGUUUGAAUGGAGAAGCUGGCUUCACCGGAACCAGCACACCCUUUGCCCGGUGCAGGGCCCGUUGCUGAGGUUUCUGUUGCUAAGACGGCAGAGCCUGUGGAAGACGAGGGUGCAUCAUGGGUGAGAUCCAAACUCUUUGAGUGUGGGUGCAUGAAACGCUUGCUACCGCAGGCUUACAGAGAAGAACUCUACCAAGUGUUACGACUCACAGGCCCACUGCUGCUGUCGCGGAUUCUGAACUUCCUCCUGCCAUUUGUUAUCACCAUAUUCUGUGGUCACAUUAGCAAUGCAGCACUGGCUGGAUAUGCACUGGCCUCAGCGACCGUUAACGCGACCACAGUUGCAACAGGCCAUGGCCUUGCCUUGGCUUGUGAUACACUCAUCUCUCAGACUUUUGGCAGUAAAAACAUGAAACGUGUGGGAGUGAUUCUCCAAAGGAGUUUACUGAUCCUGCUGGCGUUUUGCCUGCCAUGUUGGGCUAUUAUCAUGAACUCUUACAGCCUACUGAUCCUCAUGCACCAAGAGGAAGAGGUGGCGAGAAUUGCCCAGAUCUAUGUGAUGGCAUUUCUACCAGCUGUUCCAGCUAUGUUUCUGCACCAGCUGCAGGUUGCCUACCUGCAAAACCAGGGGAUCAUAUUGCCACAGAUGUACACAGCGGGAAUAGCGAAUGUUUUUAACGUGGGCUUCAACUACGUCUUGAUCUUCACCCUCAAUUUGGGCGUCCUUGGAUCAGCAAUCGCUAACAGCCUCGCUCAGAUCACCCUCUGCCUGCUGCUGUAUGGCUACAUCAGAAUAAGGAAGCUGCAUCGAAAGACAUGGGGAGGUUGGUCCACUGAAUGUCUGCAGGAAUGGGGCUCUUACAUGAAGCUGGCUAUUCCAAGUUUACUUAUGGUCUACUUUGAAUGGUGGCUCUGGGAGAUUGGCAGUUUUCUCGCUGGUUUACUUGGUGAAGUGGAUCUUGCUGCUCAGCAUGUGCUGAAUGAAAUAGGAACCAUUGCAUACAUGAUUCCUUUAGGUAUCCAUGCAGCUGCUUGUGUGCGUGUUGGGAAUGCUCUGGGUGCCGGGGACACCACCGGAGCUUUGCUCACCUGCAAAGUGACCCUAUUUCUGUCGGGAACGCUUGCUAUUUGCCAGGGUAUUGGUUUUGCAAGCUGUAAGUCAGUUGUUGCCUUCAUAUUUACCUCUGAUGUCGAAAUUGUGUCGACCGUGUCUGAAAACCUCACAGUGCACAUAUUUGUACAGUUCUUUGAUUCACUUCUGUGUGUCUGCUCAGGGAUCCUUGUAGGAUCUGGGAUGCAGAAAAUUGCUGCCAUCUCCAACCUGAUGGGUUACUACUUCAUCGGCCUGCCAGUGGGAAUAACUUUGAUGUUUUAUGCCAAGCUGAGGAUAUUAGGUCUGUGGCUGGGCCUACUUGUAUGCCUUUCCCUCGAGACAGUGUUAUUUCUGGUUCUGAUCUUUAAAAUUAACUGGAAAAAAGUCACUCAGAAGGCUCAACUGCGAGCUGGGAAGAAGUUAUUGGUAGGACCUGGACACCUUCCUGGUACAGGGCUCAAUGAAGCGAUGCUGCUGGAUGGUCCUGUCUGCCCAGACUCAGCCCAGUCGGAUGGUGGAGAAGCUCCAAAAACAGAUGGCUACAGUCCUGUCAACACCCUGGAUCAGGAGAUGAAAGCUGCUCAUGAGGCAGGCAUCAUCAAUACUAAUGCAACACCAUCUGAGAGGGACACUGAACAUAACGAAACCACCAAACCUAAAGUGGUGCUUUCUACCACACAGCUGAUUUUCCGUCGGGGAACCACCUUACUGGUUUCGGUUCUUAUUUUGAUUAUAGGUGUUGCUUGUCAUAUUGCUUUCCCUGUACCAGAGCAGAGUGCACAGAGCAAGGCCAACUUUACUCUGAACUGGGCCAAUGACUCCACUCCCACGCCACUGGCUCCACUGAACUUUACACCACACUUCUGAGAUAUUUUUAACUUCCAAAUAUUGACUUGUCAUGGCUGCAUGUAGUAAGUGUUAAAUUCCUUCCUAGUUGCACAUCUACUCGUAAACCAGGGUUCUUAUUUUCUAAAACUGGUGCUACCUUGUGUAGAGAAAAAAAAAAACGUCUCAGUGCUGCACCGCUGAGCAAAUCCACAGAAAGCUGGAAGCAAUAUCAAAUGAGAGGGAAUCUGGCAGGAUUAACAAAGGUCUUGUUACAAAGAUCAUGUUUUAACCAGCUCAGAGCUGAGAUUUCUUAACUGGAGCAACAAGGUAGGUUACAAAUCCUCACAGGAAAAUCACGUGGGCAUCAAGCAACAGAUGUUUUCCCACAGAUAGCUUUUUGUUUUUCAACCUGUUCUUGACUUGAUUUACAUGUUGCACUGUGAGAUGUAUAUCGCAGCUUACUGACCUCAAAUCAUUCUCUCAUUUUUUUUAACUUGAAGAUUGACUGUAAAUAUGUGAUGCUAAAUUUUACAUGUCUGUAAGUGAAAUAUCAUCGUCACAUAGUCUUUUACUGUUGCUCUGGCUCUGUUUAUUUUCAGAACAGAAGUGAAUAAUAAAUAAUGAGCUAUGUGUCAGUGGAAUACAUCACA